GUAUUUUUUGACGUGGAUUUUAAGAUCCCGGAUCGUAAAAUGCUUGUCAGGUAAAACAAAUUUAGAGUAUCUGACUUGGUGGAUCAUACAGUGAUUUAAGUGGGAAAUGGUAGAAAUGUCUUUCAAUCUAAAACAGAUUCAACUUGUAGGCCUGCAUAAGGAGAUGACCUGAGAUCGAGGGAAAUUUAUAAAGCCACUGUUAGUUUUCUCAAUUAUAAAUGAACAGGCCAGUGACCAGGGUCACCCCAUUUAGAAAAAUAAAUACAUAAUAAUUAAAAGAGCACAUCGCCACAUCCCUUGUUGAAGCUGGACUGCUAGGUCCUAUAGCUAGAUACCUUGUAGCAUAACAAUUAUGGUUCUGACUAAUGUCCUUACAGCAAAAUAAACAUACUGACACUCCUAGGUGUUGCUCAUAGACCGUAUGGUAGCGCCAUUAGACUACAUGUUGAACCUUCUUACGGUUUAUCUAGGGUUGAGCCUCACUUUGGUUGGCCCAUACAUCCAGGAGGCGUUUCUUACUUGCAGAAAGACGAAUUACAGGCACAUCAAUGGCUAAUGCUGACGUCAAUGUGCUAUAAAAAACCUCCAAUCCAAUCAACGUGUUUAUUGGAUGAUCAAACCCUUAUUAGGAUACUUUGAUGGCGGGAGGAUAGGUCUAUAAGUAUUUUAAUGCAAACACGAAUUGAUUGACAAAUCGAUACUAUGCAGAUUGUCUGGUAAUCAAGGGAAGACCUCCGAGCCACAAAGACAAGAAAGCCUAGCUUAAUCACCUUGGAUAUUCGUGAAUCCAUUGUCCUUUUCCUCGCACACAUUAAUCAUGACAAGCAAGAACAACCAAGUAAAUGUAUUUCUUCAACGGUAGCAAGCGGCAUAUGUCUUCAUUAAGACACAUCCAAGGAGGGCGACCUAUGAAAUAAGGGGUCAAAUACAAAGUACAAAUUGAUUGAUUAUUCUUUUUUUUACCAACCCCAAAAUGUGUUGUAGCUCCAUAAUCCAAAGAAGGCCCAAAGCAUAGGCCUAUCGGAAAGUCAGGAAUCUGGGAUCUCAAGGAUCUGUAAUCGGGUGGACGGAUCUUUCCUUCUUACGAUAUUUGAUUACGAACCCCAAUUUGAUUUGUGGUUAACUGGUUAGUAAGAAGUGUUCGUCUUUAUCAGGUUCAAACAAAUAAGACAUGUUCCAUUGCAUUGCAUUGAUGCGCACCUUCCGACCGGCCACCAACUCACACCUGUAAGGAGUCUCACCUUUCUCUAAGUUAUUUCUCCUUGUGGUGGGCCUGACACCCGAUAUCCACACUGAACGGACUUUAACAGAGAUUUAAAAGGACGGUGGUCGCGUUUCCAUUAGACUGAAUGGCAAAUUUCUGAACAGAAUUAACUCGUUUUUAUUCGGAAUAAUCCGCGGUUCUAUGCAUGUCAUUUUUUUUUAUCAACCGUUGGCAAGGAAAACAGAUGGGGGGUUAAAGAGAGGAUCUUUGAUUACAUCUCACAUUUUGUAUUUUCUUCGAAUCGGAUAGUCCUCAUUUGAAGAGGUAAAGUGAUUCAAAUAUGAAAACAACAAGUGCAUCCAUUCUAUGGCUGGACAUUGAAUCUAUGUGUGACCACUGAACCGGCCCAUGAAGAUUGAAUGAGCAUGUUUGGCACGGCGGCUGUGGCUCUGAAUCCUCACAUUGUAACAGCGCGUUACGCACUCGGCCUCCCCUGGACGCACUUAUAGCGCACAGGAUCGACUCUGCUCUUCUCUCGAGACUGACGGUGUCGUAGCCUACUAUUUUGCCCACCAUGGUGGAACACAGUGGCCUGGAUAUCAUGUGUUUGAACAAGUAUUGCAACAGCUCGUCCUCGUCGUCCUGCUCCGAGCACGAGAAGAAGACAUUCACCAAGAUCAAGCUCAACUUGUCGGCGGACUAUCCGAGGAAGAGCUCGGAGAUCCUCAGUGGCCAAUAUGGCACCAACGUGCUACUGAUCGGGUUGGCGCUGAUGCUGGCCAUUGCCCACCAUGGACCCUCUGUUACGGAGGAGAACCUGUUGUCGUUCAUCACCUGCCUUAUGAUCAUCCAGUUGAUGUGGAUGAUGUGGUACAUCUGGAUUAGGGACAGGAAGAGUGAGCUCCAGACGGAGAAAGAUGUGCACGCCACGACCUGCUGGAUAAGAGGUGGUUUAACUCUUCUUGCACUGCUAUCAUUGAUCAUGGACGCGUUCCGUAUUGGUCAUUACGUGGGCUUCAAUUCCUGUGUGUCGCAUGUGCUUGGAGUCUACCCUGUUGUCCAUGCAACCCACACAAUAGCACAGGUGCAUUUUCUAUGGUUUCACAUCAAGGAUGUCAUCAAGAACUUGGAAACAUUUGAGAGAUUCGGUGUAAUCCACGCCGUAUUCACCAACCUGCUCCUGUGGUGCAACGGAGUGAUGUCAGAAGCGGAACACUUCCUGGACAACCACAAGAGAAGACUGUAUGCACAAGGCUAUGGAAACCUCACCAUAGUUCACUCAGAGCCUGACUGUAACUGCACCACCAGCGCUUGCUCCAUGUUCUCCAACAGCCUCUACUAUCUGUAUCCCUUCAACAUCGAGUAUCACAUCUUUGUCUCCGCCAUGCUCUAUGUCAUGUGGAAGAACAUCGGAAGGGUGAUCGACCUCACCUCCAACCGCAAGCGGUCGGCUACCAAGAACCAGGGUCUGAUCCUCGGCCCCAUCUUGGGUCUGGUGGCCUUGGCCAGCACCAUCGGAGUGCUGGUGGUCUACGUGAUCCACGUGGAGGAAUCCCUGCAGAUGCGCCAGUCAGCCAUCUCCAUGUUCUACUGUUACGGUAUAAUCAUGCUGGUUUUCAUGUGCUCAGCCGGAGCCUCUGGUCUGCUCAUCUACCGCACUGACCACAUGCCGACCGACACCUCUGAGAACCCAUCCAGGCAGCUUGACACGGAGCUCCUGUUUGGCUCCUCUGUGGGCUCCUGGCUGAUGUCCUGGUGCAGUGUGGUGGCGGUGCUGGGCUCUACCAGCAGCCCGCCGUACCGCUGGACUAACCUCAUCUACUCCCUCUUCAUCAUCCUGGAGAAGUGCGUCCAGAACCUGUUCAUCAUCGAGUCCCUUUACCGCCAUCGAGAUGACAGGGAGGAUCCCGAUCUGCCAGCCACGCCCAAGAUCUUCUCUGUGACAUCAUCCCUCGCCCCUCCGUACAACGGCAUCCUCAACAGAGCCUACGAGACGCCAGAAAGGGACUGUGUGACCAUGGACAGUGAGCAGGUGGAAAGUGGACAGGUGUACAGAAGUCCUAGGAAGCCUUCCAAGGUGCCCCUGACCGAGGGGACAGUGGUGGAACCGCCGUGCGCCAAGAGGCAGAUCCUGAAGAACAUUGCUAUAUUCCUUCUGAUGUGCAAUAUCUCGCUGUGGAUCCUUCCCGCCUUUGGCUGCCGGCCACAGUACGACAACGGACUGGAGCAGGAGGCCUUCGGCUUCAGUAUAUGGACCACAGUUCUCAAUUUCGCCGUACCCAUGAACCUUUUCUACCGCAUGCACUCAGUGGCUUCCCUCUUUGAGGUGUUCCGCAGGGCUUGAUGGAUCCCAUAGGGCACUGACAAUGAUGGACCGCAUGCACCGAACAUCCCGCCGACUGCGGGAAAGCAGAAAGAAGCUCCUCACAGCACUGGUCCACGGCUGUGGAGGCGCUCCGAGGGCAUUACUGAACGGAUGUGACAGAAAGCCAUGGGGAGUCACAGCAUACACAUCCCUCCGUGGAGGGGUUUGAUAGGCCAAUCAAUCGUUAUUAGCAAUGUGUUUUCUAAAGAAUUACCUUGGGUUCACGACGAAACAAUAUGAGGAACUGGAUUGACAAAACAACCCUUUGGUGUGUCCUAGUCAAAGAAAACCCUUCCAAACAUUUGCACUCAAUGGCUUUUGUCCAGCAAACAGGUGCCACAUGAAUGAUGCACACAUGACAUGUCAGCCAUUGUUUCUCUAUGGGCGGCAGCAUGGCUAUGCUGGAACUAGUCCACCAAACAGUCCACUGAGACACCUCUGAGUUCCACUUCUCUGAAUAGAGACGUGUGCUGUACUUUGUGAAGUAAAUCAUGCAGCCAAACAUAUGUUAAUUUCUUUCACUUAUUUUCUUUGCAUUUUUAAUUUGUUAAAAAAUGUGCAUAUUCUAAAUGGAUAAUGUUCUCAUCUGUUGCCAGCAUAUUAACCAAGGUACUCUCAAGUAAUCGAAUGCUACUACUACACUAUAGAUCUUGCUAUGCACUCUUUGUUAUAUUCAUAAUGAGUUGGAUAAUCGUUCUCAGACCUGUACUUAUGGAGUAUGGACUUCUCAAGUGAUUACAUGUUGCCAAAAUUGCCACAGUCUUUUAUUUUCUAUUUUUUAUCUCCUAUUGCGCCUAAUCAAUUUUUUUCCCUUUGCUCAGAAAGACCCCGGUCUAACUGCCCUAAAGGUUCCCUUCUCCAUAUGGCAUACUGAUAAUACUAAUUUUGUCAAUGGGGAAUUAAUCAUUUAAUAAGUGUAUGACAUACGGUGUCUAAUAGACUGUAAGACUAAUCAAUUUGCUUCAUUACCCUUAAUUAAUUAUGAGAACUAAUUGAAUGGCAGAUUAGGAGGGUUAAUAGACUGUUCAUCAAAGCAAUGGCUUUGUGUGCGCACAUUACUGAAAAGAUUGUUGAUGACUCCCAGUCCUCAGACAAAUGGCACUUUGUCAGUUUACUUCUCAAACAUACAAUUCGAUAAAUGGGUCCUAUUCUGUGAACAUAAAAUAAAUUUUGUAACAAUAGUUGCAUAGUUGUACUAUACAAUUGUAUUUUGAAUCAAUGUGUUUUUAUAAGUUAAUUUGAUAUUAUUACAUUUCUCAACCAGGUGCUAUUUACUUUUUUUUAUCUUCCCAGUAUUUGCCAACUUGUGGUGAAUGCUUUUGUUAGUUACUCAAUGCGAUAGUAUAACAUUUAUGUAUAUACUGCAAUACAGAUCAAAAAUUAUAAUUAAAACACUGUGACAAGAUCGCUCUGAAAUUCUAAUGAAGGUGCUAAAAACGAGUUCAUUAAUUUUCUUAAGUACUCACAAAUGAAUUUAAAUAUACAUAUUGCAACAAAAUAAAGCAAAAACUAGUUUCCUUUUGGAUCAAAGGUGGAUUUUAGAUUUAGAAAAUACACA